CACGUGAAGAUCUGUCAGCGCUCCGGGGGCGCCGAGCGCUUCGCCACCCUGUACAGCACCCGGGACCGCAUCCCCGUGUACUCGGCGUUCCGCGCCGCGCGCCCCGCGCCCCUGGGCGCCGAGCAGCGCUGGCUGGUGGAGCCGCAGAUUGAUGAUCCCAGCAGCAACCUGGAGGAGGUGACUGAGGAGGCUGACGCCACCACCUCCGCGAACAGCCUGGGAGGCAAGCAAGCCUUGAAUGCAGACUACCUGGGUUCUGAUUACGAGAGAGGACAGCUGUACCCAUUCUCCCUCAGCGGCGACUCCCCCACGGCCACGUUCACGCUCACAAAUGCAGCUCCCAUGACCCCAUCCUUCCAGAAACGGUGGUACGUGAAUCUCCACAGCCUGAUGGACCGGGCCCUGACCCCGCAGUGUGGCGGCGGGGACGAGCUCUACAUCCUCACAGGUGCGGUGCCCUCAGACCUCAGAGUCAGAGGCAGAGUGAGUGUCCCGGAGUUCGUCUGGCUGGCGGCCUGCUGUGCUGUCCCUGGAGGAGGCUGGGCCAUGGGCUUUGUCCAGCAUCCCCGGGAUGUGGAGGUCAUAGAAGAUGUGAUGGUGAAAGAACUCGAGAAACUGCUUCCGUACAGCCCACAGCUGUUCCAGAACAACUGUGGGGAAACUGAACAAGACACAGAGAAAAUGAAAAAAAUCCUAGAGGUGGUUAACCAGGUCCAGGAGGAAGAGCGGAUGGUGCAGUCGAAAGGGAGCGCGAGGGGCAAGAGGUCCGCCCUGUUGCCUCCGGAGCCAGCCGGGGAAAGGAGUAGCCUUUUGGGCAAACUCCUGGGCUUCAUCGCUACCCCGCUCAUCAAGCUUUGCCAAUUAAUUUAUUGCGUGGCCAUCGGAGUCCUGAAGUACAUUGUGUAUUUCCUGUGGUUUGUCACCAAACAGGUGAUUCACGGUAUAGAAAGUUGCCUUUACUGCCUGGGCUCAGCCACCAUCUCAUACUUCUUGACCAUCGGGGAGGAGUUGGCGAGCAUUCCCUGGAAGGUACUCAAAGUCGUGGUCAGAAUCACCAGGGCCAUCCUCCGGAUCCUCUGUUGCCUGCUCAAGGUUGUGUGCCGCGUCCUGGGCAUCCCUGUCCGCGUCCUCGUGGACGUGGCCACUUUCCCUGUGUACACCAUAGGCGCAGUUCCAAUUGUGUGCCGGGACAUCGCUGUGGGCCUUGGUGGCAUCAUCUCUCUGCUCUUCGACACAGCUUUUGGCACCAUGGGUGGCCUAUUUCAGGCCAUUUUUACCGUCUGCAAGCGGAUUGGGUACAAGAUGACUUUUGACAAUCCGGGGGAGUUAUAAGAACUCAAAAAACAGAGUGCCCAGUUACAGGGAACUUGCUUUUUUUUUUUUUUCUUAAUAGAGAAAGCUGGAAUAUUUUGUCUAUUCUGUGGGUUUCUGUUCACUGUCAAUUAUCAUUAUAUUUUGGCCUUUGGUGGGAGUGUCUGCAUGUUUUCACAAAGGAAGGUGGUACAGUUUAGACUUGACCCUAGAGAGGUGCUCAGGGUGGGAUUACGUGAGGUUGUCGGCUGUGAUGUGGGUGAACUUCCAAGCUGCUCAGUUAUUCACUGUGACACAGGUCACCAUGCGAGACAUGCUGCUGUUCAUUUGUGAUCAUUAAAAAUUACAGGAGAGGGAAGAAUGAGAACGAGGGCAGCUUUAAACCAAAGUGUUUCCAAGAAAAGGAGAAGGGAAUCUCACUCCUCCUAUUACUCUCUGGGACUCAAGGCAAAACCGAUAUAAAUAUUCCUGGCCAAUUCGUUAACAUUUGUUUCUCGUUCUCCCCAACUUGGCUGACUUGGUGAAGUGCAGCUCUGCUUCCCUGCUGAGAUAACUUUCUUAGGAUAUGGAAUCUGCUAUAUCCCUUAGCUUUCCAUGGCUCCUAAGGGCCUAUCAGGUUGGUUUGAGG